ACAAUGUACACGGUCACCUCAGUCAGGAGGUUGGUGGUGAUGGCCAUGCUGGCCGUACUGGUGACACUACUGCAGUGGCCCACACCCUGCCAAUCGUCACCGGUGAUGCUCGACAAGCUGUUCGGGUUUGCCGCCUAUCAACCGACCUACUCCGGCGGCGGUUACGGUGGCAACCAGUACGGUUACUAUGGUGGAGGCGGUGGUAGCAGCAGUACCGGCACCGGGUUCGGUGGUCAUCACCGUGCGACCGCCACCUCCGGCCACAAGCGGCAGGCGAAAGGACGCGACUACAAGGACAUCUGCCGGGUGGUGAACCCGGCACCGUACGCCCUGCCCGGGAGGGCACCAUACCCAGCGGCACCAUUCUGCCCAUACUAG